CGCCUCGCGCGGGUAGCAUCGUGAUUUGCUUCCUCCGCAAACAUCAACAAAUUCGCUAUCCAGAGCGCCCUUCCCAGCGGACGACGGCCAUUUCGGCCAGCAUGACACGUUACUAACCCACAGCAUAGCGACAGAAGAGCCACCCCCACACGCAAUUUGCCCGGCUCGUCAGACCUCCAGCGACGCGAUACGACUGCUCUUGGUUCAACCCCGUGCAGGACGUGCCUGUGCAUACUGCAUUACCGCCCCUGUCGCUCCUUUCCCAGGUCGAAGCGUUAGCAAGAAAGCCGCGGUUCGACCACGCGACGGCGCCCAGGAGAAAAGCCUCCUCAUCAUGUCGACGCCAGUCAAGUCGACGCCCGUCAAGGCGUUGCCCGAGACGGACAGCCCGGGCACCUGGCGGCACCCAAGGCUCAACGAGAUCACGCGCCGGCGGAAUGCCACGACCUUUUCCGAAAAGAACCUGCGGCGGAUAGGCUACAAUGUUGUUGCUCUGCUACUCAUGUGGUCGCUGCAAUUGGUAGCGAGGCUGAAUGUCGAUCCUCAAAACCUUCCCUACACAUUCCGCGCCUACCUGAGCUGGGCUUGGUUCGUGGCCCAACUCGUGCCGUGGGUGCAGAUUGCCGUGGCGUGCCUCCCCCUCCUCCGCACCCCGGACGACAUCACCGACAUCCCGCUCACCGCAGCCCAGCGAAAGCUGCUGGGUCUUCCGCCCUCUUCCGCCCCCCCGACCCCCGACGCGAAGUACAGCACACCUCCGAGGUACUCGAGGACACCCUCGAUUGCGGGUUCCGUAGGGAGCCGAGCUAGCUACAAUAGCUCCCCCUUGUCCGGAAGGGGGUCGGUCAAUGGAUCUCCCUCGCCGUACAACGCGACUGGCAGCCCGUUGCUUCCAAAGAGCGUCAGCGGGCUCGCCAACGGACGGAGAUCUUCGUUCGGGUCGACAAGCCCCUUUGGAGCCAGUUCGUCCACCAACUUGUUCAACGACUCUGUUUCUCCCAGCUCACCUAGUCCGUCCGGGGGCAAGCGGACAAGCGUGGGACUCAAUAGCAAGUGGUUGUACGAAAAGGGAAGGCGGUCGUCUGGAAACGCAUGGCUUCACUGAGGAGGAGAGAUUCGUACGGAAGCUAGUCGCUGCAUGGAGCUGAGGGAAGCAUAGAUGCGAGAGCGAGGCUGAUAGUUCGCGCAUAGCUCCAAGGGGAGCGGCCCACGGCGCAAAGAUUAAUACCUGGAAUAUAGGCGUAACGGUCAAAUUGCAUCCAUGAGAAGCAUAAAUAUGCACUGUUCUUGGGCAUUAUUAGACGUGCA